AUGGCGCAAACUGUCGAGCAGCGACGUCGCAACGCCAAGUUCGCCAAGGAGCAGGAGGCCCGCAUGGGCAAGUCGGGCGAGCAGAUCAAGAAGCGCGAAAAGGUCGUCCAGAAGCCGACCAUCUCCCCCUUCUGGGUCGUACUUCUCGCCUUCGUCGUCUUUGGUGGCCUAGUCUUCGAGGUCCUCGCCCGCUGGUGGGGUCAAUAA